UUCGGUAAAACGUCACACAGCACAGGCUCUGUGGUUUUUACGUCAUUCCAGGACGCAGAGCAGCCGACUCCACGCGACAACAGUAGACAAGAUGGCGACGGCAACAGUGCUAGCGGAGUAAGUGCCGUAGUGUGAUAUAGAUAAAAACAUGUUGUGGGCGCAGCGUGUUCUGCAGACUGCCAUGGUUGCCGUGCCGAUGUAAAGCGACAGAGAGAGCGGGCGCGAUGGACAAGUGCAAGCACAUCGGUCGGCUACGGCUGGCCCAGGACCACUCCAUCCUGAACCCCCAGAAGUGGCACUGCGUGGACUGCAACACCACCGAGUCGGUCUGGGCGUGCCUGAGCUGCUCGCACGUGGCCUGCGGGCGCUACAUCGAGGAGCACGCCCUGCGCCACUUCCUGGAACAGCGCCACCCGGUGGCCCUGGAGGUCAACGAGCUGUACGUCUUCUGCUACCUGUGCGACGACUACGUCCUCAACGACAAUGCCAUGGGCGACCUGAAGCUGCUGCGCGGCACGCUGGCUGCCAUCAAGAGCCAGCGAUACGAGUGCACCACGCGCAGCGGACGGACGCUGCGGUCCGCCGUCGCCCCCGGCGACGACCUGGCCCCGCUGGGCACCGCCCGGGAGCUGAAGGACGAGGACCGGAUGUUCACCGCCCUCUGGCACCGAAGACAUGCCCUGAUCGGACGGGUGUUCCGCUCCUGGUUCGAGCUGACGGCAGGGGGCAGGAGGAGGGCCGAGGAGGAGAGGCUCCAUGAGGAAGAGGAGGAGAGGAGGAGGGAGGCGCGGGAGCGGAGGCUGGAGCUGAAGCGGCAGCUGAGGGAGGAGCUGGAGAGCACCCCGCCCAGGAAGAGCCAUCGGCUCCGUCGCCAGAGCCAGCGAGCGGCGGCCGCGGCCAUCACAGCGCCGAGGCCCGUCCGGACCGACGCCGGGCCCCAGACCCGCUCCGCGCCCGAACCCAAGAGGACGAGGAGGUCCGAGAGGAGGCCGCCGACCAAGACCCGCCCCGCCGCCAAAAACCGAACCAAAACCAGAGCCACCUCAUCUACCAAAGCCCCUACCUCCACCUCCACCUCCGCCGGCUCCAAGAGCGGGGACUCGCCCGUCAAGCGCAGGCCCACCGUGACCCCGGGCGUGACGGGGCUGCGUAACCUGGGCAACACCUGCUACAUGAACUCCAUCCUGCAGGUGCUGAGCCACCUGCACAUCUUCCGGGAGUGCUUCCUGCAGCUGGACCUCAACCAGGCCCUGGAGCUGCUGGCCAGCGCCGUCAACGGGAAGCUGGUGGUGCGGAGCGCCGGAACCAAGGUCCCGUCCUCCCCCUCCUCCCCCCAGGCCCAGAAAAAGGGCCCGUCGGCGGGCUCGGGCUCCAGCUCGGGCCCCGGGCUCAGCGGCGGGGCAUCGCGGUCCCGCAGCAUGGAGCUGAUCCAGCCCAAGGAGCCCAGCUCCAAGCACAUCUCGCUGUGCCACGAGCUGCACACGCUGUUCCAGGUGAUGUGGUCGGGGAAGUGGGCGCUGGUAUCGCCCUUCGCCAUGCUGCACUCGGUGUGGCAGCUCAUCCCCGCCUUCCGCGGCUACGCCCAGCAGGACGCCCAGGAGUUCCUGUGCGAGCUGCUGGACAAGGUGCAGCGCGAGCUGGAGAACACCGGCACGCUCACCCCCGCCUGCGCCCCGCCCGGCCAGAGGAGGCUCAUCCGCCAGGUGCUCAGCGUGGUGAACACCAUCUUCCACGGGCAGCUGCUCAGCCAGGUGACGUGUCUGGCCUGUGACUACAGGUCGAACACGGUGGAGCCGUUCUGGGACCUGUCCCUAGAGUUUCCUGAGCGCUACCACUGCAGCGGGAAGGAAACGGCCUCGCAGUUCCCCUGCCAGCUCACCGAAAUGCUGGCCAAGUUCACCGAGACCGAGGCCCUGGAGGGGAGCAUCUACGCCUGCGACCAGUGCAACAGUAAGCGGCGGAGAUUUUCCUCCAAGCCCGUCAUCCUCACUGAAGCUCAGAAGCAGCUCAUGGUUCACAAACUGCCUCAGGUCCUCCGCCUGCACCUCAAACGCUUCAGAUGGUCUGGCAGGAACCACCGGGAGAAGAUCGGGGUUCACGUCAGCUUCGACCAGGUGCUAAACAUGGAGCCGUACUGCUGCCGUGACCCCUCGUCCCCCGCCUCCCCGCGCACCGAGCGCUUCGUCUACGAGCUGUCCGCCGUCGUGAUGCACCAUGGGAAGGGCUUUGGCUCCGGUCACUACACUGCCUACUGCUACAACACAGAAGGAGGGUUCUGGGUCCACUGUAACGACUCCAAGCUGAACGUCUGCACCGUGGAGGAGGUGUGCAGAGCCCAGGCCUACAUCCUGUUCUACACCCAGCGGGUCUCUCAGGACAAGGGGAGAGCAGCUCUUUAGGAGGGAACAUACCCCCCUCAGCACAGGGGCUGGAACCCCCCGCCCCACCCCCCCUCAGCACCAGCAGCCGCCGUGGAGAGUCUCCACAUCAGCAAAGCCCCUGACCUCCAUCCACAUCCAGACUCUCUUUGCGGACCGUUUCCUUUUUUUAAGCGAGGAAGAGUACCUUUUUCAAUGUUUUAAGAACUGGAUACGAAACUGCGCUUUUUCCUUUUGUUUCUUUUGUGUUUUUUAAAGAGAACGACUUGUGAAUUUCUUGUAUAUUGUGUUUAUAAGGUUUUGUAUUAAAUUUGUAAACUUUUUUUGUUAUAAAUAGUGUACAGGCUUUUUUUGUUUUUGUUUUUAGUGAUAGAAGGUGCAUGUGGUCAGACAGAUGAGACAUGCCAUGUGGAAAUUGACAAAUCAUGGUCAGGUUAUACUUUUCUAAACAAAAAAGACAAACUGUUGUCAUCACUCCAAAUACUGUAAUAAUGUAUGUGUGUAUGUGGACAUGUCUAGGUAUCUGCCUUACGGUUCAAAACCCUUGUUAACUGUGAUCACAAUAUAGAAAGGGUGGAUUGGGGUGAUGGGUAAGGGAAACUUAGCAAAAACCCACGUUAUAUGAGCCCUGGUGAGUAUUGAUGGAUUAAACCCAGCCAGGCCUCUCCGCUCUCCUUUGUAAAGUGGUUCAAUUAGCACCCAAAAUGUCUAAAAAGUGGGUCACCGUAUGUAUACCCACUGGCCCGUGAUCACAGGAAUGUAGUCGGUGUAACUUGGAACCCCAUGAGUUUAGAAUGUAUUUUUGUGAGCAGGUAUAGGGAUCGGCCACAACACUGGCCGGUAAAUGGCGGAGUUUGGCAUCGUCGAUGUCUCUGGGCUGUGCUGCAAUGCCGGCAGGUCCUGGCAGACCAUAAGACCUCCAGUAUACCAGCAUCCUCUGUUCUUACGCCAUCAGGGAACCUGACCACUCACUGAAAAACCCUUACUGCCUUUCCCACCAGGGGGAAAACAAGGUUGCUCCAACAUUGUCACAGGAAAUGGCUUCUGCCCUGUACGGGGAAACCUGUUUUAGAACACUGGUAAGCAACCCUGUUCCUGGAGAUCUGUAGUCCUGUAGAUUUUCACUCCAACCUCAACCCUCAUUCAACGGCUACAGAUCCCGUUGGGCUGCUAAUUAGUAGAGUCAGGUGUGCCAAAUUAGGGUUGAAUUGAAGAUCAACAGGAUGGUCCAUCUCCAGGAACAGGGCUGGUUACCACACUUUUAGAACUUACUCCACCACUAUGUUCUGAACUAUCAUUUUAUCUCUACCUUCUCCCACAUCCUAUUCCGCGCCAGUGAGAACUACUGCAGUUUCAUUUGUAUUUUUUAGAAGUAUUUUUGAAUGUAACAAAAUUGAAAAAGGUAUCAAAAAGAACAAGAUCUAUACAAAGUUUUUUUUUUUCUGUAGAUAGCGGUCCUAUUUUGAAUAGAGGAAUGUGCAGACCUGAAAACUAAAUUCUGUAUUUUUUCAUACAUUUUGAAUAAGAAUGUAUGGAUUUUUCAGACAAUUUUCAUAAAUUGCAUUCCAGAAGAAUUGGUGUCAUUAGAACCACCAAAGUAAAAGAAUACUUUAUUUUCUGAUAAUCUUGCAAUGAGAUUUUCUUUUAAGAAAGGUAUUUUUGGAGCGCAUCUUUGAUUACAAAAGCAGAAGAAAUCACCAGCAGCUUUCAGUCUCAAGACACAAGGAACAAAAAUGAUUAAGUAAAACAUUUUGACAGGUUUGGCUCAGAAUUUUUACCUGUAAUAUUGCAAAAUGGAUGUUCUUUGUGUGAUAUAUUCCUUGCUGAAGACCUUGAGAAUGUGUAUUGUAAAGAUUAUUCUCCACGAUUGUACAGUUAACGGUUAAUGGCGAAAGCCCCUUUUCAUAUUUCAACCAUCAGUUACCGGGGACAGUGAACGCACACGGCUUUUCUAAUUCAGCAUUUGUCAGUUUCUUAUGUAAAUUUAUGGAAAUACUAUGCAAAUUGUUACCUCAAUUUUUAGAGAAAUUUACCUCAAUAAAAUAUUUUUUCAUUUUUUUUUUAAAGAA